AUGAGUGAAGAACAAAAACCAAUGGAAACAAAUACAAAAGUUGAAGAAAAGAAACCAAGAGAAAAGAAAGAAAAGAAACCAGCAGUUGAAAAGAAAGCAGUAGUUGAAAAGAAAGGUGAUGUUAAAGCAAAUCUUUUAGGUGCAGGUUGUAAAAAAGAAGAAGAUUUUUCAGAAUGGUAUCAAAAUGUUAUUACACGUUCAGAGAUGAUUGACUAUUAUGAUAUUUCAGGUUGUUAUAUUCUCAGACCAUGGGCAUACUCAAUUUGGGAGCAAAUUCAAGCAUUCUUUGAUGCAGAGAUUAAGAAAUUGGAUGUACAAAAUGCAUACUUCCCAUUGUUAGUCUCAGAGAAGGCAUUGACCACAGAAAAGGAUCAUAUUGAAGGUUUUGCACCAGAGGUUGCAUGGGUAACAAAGAGUGGUGAUUCACAAUUGGCCGAUCCAGUUGCAAUUCGUCCAACUUCCGAAACCAUUAUGUAUCCAGCAUAUGCCAAUUGGAUUCGUUCUCAUAGAGAUUUACCAUUGAAAUUGAAUCAAUGGGUAAAUGUUGUACGUUGGGAAUUCAAACGUCCAGUACCAUUCCUUCGUAGCAGAGAAUUCCUCUGGCAAGAGGGUCACACUGCCUUUGCAAACAAGGAAGAGGCCGAUGAAGAGGUAUUCACAAUUCUCGAUUUAUACAGACGUGUCUAUGAGGAAUUAUUAUGUGUACCAGUUGUAAAGGGUGUAAAAUCUGAAAAAGAGAAAUUCGCCGGUGGUCUUUACACAACCACUAUCGAAGGUUUCAUCCCAACCAAUGGUCGUGGUAUUCAAGCUGCCACUUCACAUGCUUUGGGUCAAAACUUUUCAAAAAUGUUCAAUAUUGAAUUCGAGAAUGAUAAAGGUACCAAAUCAUUGGCAUGGCAAAACAGUUGGGGUUUAACCACUCGUACCAUUGGUGUCAUGGUUAUGGUCCAUGGUGAUGACAAAGGUUUGGUUCUCCCACCACGUAUCUCCCCAAUUCAAGCUGUCGUCAUUCCACUCCACUUUAAGGAUUCCGAUACCACCGCCGUAGAUUCAAAGGCUAAAGAAAUCGCUGAUCAAUUAAAGGCUGCCGGUAUUCGUGUCAAUUUAGAUAAUCGUCCAAACUACAAUCCAGGUCAUAAAUACAAUCAUUGGGAAUUGAAAGGUGUUCCAAUUCGUAUUGAAAUCGGUCCAAAAGAUGUUGCCUCUGGUACUGUCAUCUGUUGUCGUAGAGAUACCGCCGAGAAAUCUAAAGUUGAAAUCUCAAACAUUGUCACUGGUGUCAAGGAAUUACUCGACAACAUUCAAUCAAAUCUCUUUGAUCGUGCUGUUAAACAAAGAAAUGAUCAUAUCGUCACCAUCAAUCAAUGGAAUGAGUUUGUUCCAGCUUUGGAUAAUAAAAACCUUGUUUUAGCACCAUGGUGCGAAAAAGUCUCUUGUGAAGAUUCAAUCAAAAAGAAGAGUUCUGAAGAAUCUAAAAAUAAAGCUGAAGAAGAAAAAGGUUUCUGUUUAACUGGUGCCGCCAAAUCAUUAUGUAUUCCAUUACAAAAUCAAGAACAUGUUAAACUUCCAGAAAUUAAAGAUGAUACUAAAUGUUUCUGUUGUCAAGAAAAAGCAACAAAAUAUACUCUCUUUGGUAGAUCUUAUUAA